UUGGAAUGGAUUUUAGGGGGUGAAGCAGAAGAGAGUCUAGUCUAGGGCAUCCCUCACACAACAGUCAAAUGCUUACCGGACGAGAAAGCCUGAUCAGAUUGGUCGGCAGGCGGCGUAGAUUCCUUCCCAACCGUCAAUCUCUUCUCUCCACUCCUAUCCAGAGCUCUCUGAAUCGAUGCAAAGAAGAUAUAAAUGGAGGACCUGUCUCGGACAUGGGAGCUGGAAGUUCAUCGGACCAACGUGAAGAUAGAAAUGGAGGGCCUGUCUCGGACAUGGGAGCUGCAAGUUCAUCGGACCAACGUGGUAAAUGUGUGGUUGAGACGUCUGCUUCUGAUCGGGUUACUUGUCCUGUUUGUGGGAACACAGUUAGCGGCGAAAAUGACAUGAUCAAUUCUCAUUUGGAUGCAUGCCUAGCUAGGGGGACUAAACGGAAACUGAGCCAGAGCACUCUUCUUCAGUUAAACUUCUGCUCAAGAUCAAAAGUUAAAAUUUGCUCCAGCAAGCCAGAUCAUAUAGGGAUUAGUUUCAAUCAGAUGGGUAGUGAUAACAUUUUUGUAUGUGAUGCCGUUCAUAAAUUGCAUGAUUUUGUUGGUAUUGAAGAAAAUGACAGUAGCCAUUGCAAAUCACCCUUAAAUUCAGAGUAUGUGAUGCAACCACACAUGGAUGCUUCCAUAGAAAGCUCAAUCAUUGAUGACAGUAUCUACUAUGGGGUUGACUCGACUUUGGCAUUGGCUGAAAAUGAGACCCCUAACUAUGAGAUGGCUGAAUCUCUGGACAGCAUCUCUGGGGUGGUUCUUGAAACUUUCAUCGUUGGCCGCCGGUUCAGUGAUGAAAUGGAGUUAAAUCCUGGGGCAACCAUCUCUCUUUUGAGAGAUCCUGAUAAUGUUAAGGAUCCCAAUGCUGUGAAGGUUCUUUCUGCUGAUUCUGAAUGCUGUAAAGUGCUUGGUUUUCUCCCUCGAGAGUUGGCUCAAUAUCUGUCUCCUUUAAUGGACAACUAUGGCUUGAGCUUUGAGGGCUGUAUAACUUCUGCUCCGAAACAUGCUCUUGCUGUUGUUCCAAUUCAGAUUGCGUGUCAAAGCAAAAUAUCGUGUGCUGAAAAAGAAGAUGAUCUUCAGGUCUUCAAGUCCUUAUGGAAACAUUCUUUACGUGUUGUUGGAUCCGCAAAAAGUUGUCCACCUAGCAUGACAAAAUAUCAGCAGAACUUUUUGUUUUUAAUACAGGAGGUUUUAAGGAGUUACUCUCAUCUUUUCACAUAUGAGGAAAAGGUUUUCUUGGAAACUUUCACCUCGCUUUCAGAUGAUAGUCAGAGGCUUUUUGUUCGACUUUAUACACGAAAAGGGCCAUGGUUUCGGAUGUCUAGUUUUUCCUAUCCUGAAAUCUCUGAUUGCCAACAUGCAGUCGAGGGACUUUCUGCAACAGGCUAUAUUUGUUCCAUCAAAUCUAAGAAUGAACUACGUGGUGGUGACUUGAAGGAAGUUCUUAAUGUGCUUAAUGUCUUUGAGCUACGUGAAAUUUUGUGCGCGCUCAACAAGAAAUGUAAUCGCAGUACAAGAAAGCAGGAUUAUAUUGCAACCCUUAUUUCUCUAUAUGAAGAUGGCUUAUGCCCGCUCCUGCCAAGUGAGGUUCUGAAGAAAACAGAAGCAUGUGUUCGAAUAUCUUCAACAGCUGAGUACCUUAUUUGGCGUGCUGAGAGGCUUUUCUUCCUGAACGGAGAGCAGGAUCUGUCAGCUUUUCUACUUGUGGAUCUGGGGGUUGUCAAGUAUCCUAAGUACACAUGUAUAAUCUCAGGCCAAAUAUUCUCAGAAAGACAGGACUUGCUUUCUUAUGAAGAGGCUCUUGAAGUGGCACAAAUUAUGGACGAAUCCCUUAAUGAAAACAACUUUGAGUUGGUCUUAAGAUGCAUAGAGAUAUCUGACUCCCGUUUACCCAGCUCUUCUACGGAGGCAACUCAAUCUUCAAGUACUGAAUCAAUGGCUACUUUUCUUUCAUGCUUUUCAGCUUCGUGGGUAUACUCAAAGGUGGUUUUGUUGGGUGUUUCCUUUCUUGAGCAUGAGCAUAGGUACAACACUGCAAUUAAUUUACUAAAGCGGCUGCUAAUUUAUUUUACUGCUGAUGGAAGAAGAGGAUAUUGGACUUUGAGACUGUCAAUUGAUUUGGAGCAUGUGGGCCGUCUCAAUGAGAGUCUUUCAGUGGCUGAAGGUGGGUUACUGGAUAGAUGGAUUCGUGCUGGAUCAAGAAUGGCACUGCAGAGGCGGGUUCUACGCUUGGGUAAACCACCAAGGCGCUGGAGGACUCCUAGUUAUUCAGAGUCUGUCAAGAGGAAGAUCACUGAGGUUCAUAUUCAAGGGAGGCCGUUGAACUGCGAAACAGGGAUGAAGAGCAGGUUUUAUGGUGAAGAUGGAGAACAGUGUGGAGUAGAGCAGCUUGCUCUGCAAUAUUAUGCCGAAGAAGGAGGUGGCUGGCAGGGGGUUCAUACAGAGAGUGGCAUUUGGUUGACUAUUUUUGGGCUUCUUAUGUGGGAUAUUAUUUUUACAGAUGUACCAAAUGUUUUCCGCACCAGAUUUCAGAGUGCCCCGUUAGAUUUUGAGACUGAUAGCUUUUAUGAAGUGAGAAAGAACCUCAUAGAAUCUCACCUACAAAAACUUUGUGAUGGCAUGGCUGAGGAGAUUCUUAUCACUUCCUGGGAGUCACAUGUAGGAACAACUUGUCGGGGAGUUAAUUGGGACCGACAUUCCUUGUCUGUGCUUCGGGCAGCUGUUUCGUGCAUCAGGGGACCUUGUCUGGCCUCUAUCUGCCGACACUUGUCUCAAGAUUACCGGAGUUGGUCCAGUGGAAUGCCUGAUUUAUUGCUAUGGCGCUUCCAUGGAGAUUACAGUGGUGAAGCGAAGCUUGUUGAAGUUAAAGGUCCCAGGGAUAGGCUCUCUGAACAGCAGCGAGCAUGGCUACUGUUUCUGAUGGAUUGCGGCUUCAAUACUGAGGUUUGCAAAGUGACUCCUGCUCCAAUAUCUACGUGAAUUCAUGUUGUACUGCUUUCUGUCUGAAGAUGCUUUGCCAAAGAACAAUUUCUAAUGGUAAAUAGAGUUCAUAGAAGCUUUUGGAGAUUGAGAGGAGUACCAUUUCAUCAUUGUUCUUCAGAGAGACGUGUAAGCUAGCUUACUCGAAGAUGGACCACUGCAAUUUUUGUACUAGAUUCUUCUCGAGGCACUUUGUUGCUGUUGAUGUGAUUUUCAACAGAAAAUUAGUCUCUCCAUCAGAUCUAAAACCAUUUUUUUUUUCUUUUUUUCAGGCUGGAAAAUCUUUCUAUAAUUUGUUUAGGUGAAAGGUGGCAACAUAUUUAUUCUUGAACUUGUUUAUUGAAAACAGUGUCGUAAAAAUUUUUUCUUUGGGGAAAAAAAUUUAUUGUACAGAAAUGGCCCAAGUCCACUACUGUUCAUAUAUUCUGGCUCUGCAUACAACAUACAGUGCAAGAAACGUCUUACUACAACACCAGGGAUGAUUGUUGGGAGGACCUAGAUGGCUGGGUCUGUACUACACUUUUUAUUUUUCAUUUUGUAUGGAAACAUUAUCAUGUUUUAAGAUAAACAAUGGAAAAGUAAUGGAUAGCAUUGAUAUUUUAUUGGUUUUA